UUAAAAAAACCAACACGGCAAACAGAUAAACAAAUUUUCUUAAAAAUGGCGACGAAUCUCAGCCUGAGCGACAUUUCUGGGAAUAUAGAAAAUACUCUUUCCACAGCAUCCUUAUCAACAGAUGAUAGGACAAGACUACAGACAAUGAAACAAUGGUUUUCUGCUAGAAGAUCAGAAGUGAGACCAUGGGGAGAAUUCUUUAAUGCAAAAAGGUUUUCAAAACCUUCUAGUGCUGCUGAUAUCAGCAAACGUGUCUUUGCAAAUAUUAAACUUUACCAAGCAAAUUAUUUUGCAAUUUUUGUUUUAUUGGCCAUUUAUUGCAUAAUAACCUCACCACUUUUACUCAUUGGUUUGUCAACAUCAAUGGGUGGAUGUUAUUAUAUAUCAACAAGAGGAAAGGGACAACCCAUCAAACUUUUAGGUAGAGAAAUGUCCACAACAGAACAAUAUGGCUUGGUAUUUUUGAUCUCAUUGCCCCUCCUGUUCCUUGCAUCAGCAGGCUCCACAAUUUUCUGGAUAAUAGGUGCCUCAAUAUUUGUUGUCAUGGUGCAUGCGUCAAUGUUAGCAGUCAAUUCGUCCAUUGAAGGCAUGUCUGACAUACAGAUGCAAGGAAUCGAAGUACAAUAACUAGCGCAUGGUUAUAACUUAUUCUCUUCAAAUAUAAUAAUUUGAAUUUUUUUUGUAGUAAGAUUUAGUUUGGGUAAAAUAAUUGUAAUAUUUAUUAGUCAUUUAUAUAUUUGUGCAAAGGACACUCAAAGUAAAUAUAUAAGUUUUCUUUUC